AUGGCAUUAAACUUCAUGCCAAAGCUCAGUGCUCUAUCCAUAAUACUAGUGAUGGUUCUAGCCAUGGCUACAUUUCCAGUCCGAGCAAGUCGCAAGUCCAAAGAAACCCAACUCUCCUUCUACUUUCAAGACAUCUCUACCGGCGUAGACCGCAACUCAGCCUCCGUUGGCAGGGUUCAGGGGUCUUCUAUGACAUCAGGACUGGACGGACGGAAUGCUCUUGUAUUAUUGUCGAUUGUGUUCACAGACAAGAAGCACAAUGGCAGCACUCUGGAGAUACAAGGCACUAGUAAGCAAUUUGAGGAGAUCAGAGAACUAUCGGUGGUUUCAGGUUCCGGAAAAUUUCGAUUUGUUAGGGGAUAUACUACAUUUGAAACAGUUGUGGUGGACCUUCCAAAUUCAUACGCAUUCAUGUUCUUCUUUGCAGUUCGUGUUCUUCAUGCUAUCAAAUGCUUUGGUUUGUAA